GUUGUAUGAAUAAAUGUGGCAAAAACGAAUGUAGAUAUUAAGAAAUGCAUUUCUACAGCUUCCAAAAUAUUUUUUUACAACGUCAGUUAGGUGCCAAGAUGGAGGCACGGAGGCUUCAACACAGCGCCCCCUAACGGUCAUCUAGUGUAAAUAAAUAAUUGGUUAGACAUAAUUACACCAUCGGCAACAAUAACUGGCGACAAAUAUUUUCAAUGUAGUUUAUCCACUGACCACCGCAUUUAGGAGGAUAGCUAGUUAGCGAGUUUACUGGCCAGGUAGUACACACUAACUAAUCGUGGAUGCAUUACCUAUUCUUUGAUACAUUUGGGUUAACUUUCUUACAUAAAGCAACACAUACCAGAGCGUUUGUGGAACGGUAAAAAUAACAAUUAGUGUGCUCGUUCUUUUAACGAUUGGACAGUUAAGCUAAAAUAGAUUGGUAGGUAGCUGCUGAUGCUUUUAUUUCCCAAUUAAUUUGGUGAUCAAGCUGAAGCUGGGUUUCACGAUUGGUCGGUGUGGCGUCACGCACUCAAGUAGGCUCAACCAAUCACCCAACGGGAUCUAUGUCGAGACUCAUGACUAUUCAUACCCUCUUACCCCGCCUUCUUACGUAUCUGCAAGCCCUCCAGGAAGUGUUGAAAAAAAUAGUAUUGAAUAUCUCCCUUUUCGACCAAUAGCGUAUAAGCCUGUUUCCAUUCCGGUCAAUGGAGCUUCACUAAAUACAUUAAGUGGGCGGACUAAAUAGCACAGCAACGGAACAAAACGCAGAUUUGUAAAACGUAGGUGUUAACUGCCUCAUUCGCUUAAACUGUGACGUCGAUCCAUCUAUUUACGGUAUGCGGAAAAAAGCACAAUUUAGAUGUUGCUGAACGAAUUUACAGUCACGCGCCAGUGCUUUGACAGGCAGUGUGUGAUUGUCCGUUUCAUUACUAGUUACCCGAGUAGAUAUUCACUCUUCUGAACAAUUGAUUUUGUGGCAUGUCGAGCACAAACUGAUAAGAUAGGAGUCUAAAUGCCAGACGUUGGAAAGUGUGUCAUUAAUUGAAGUGUUGACCGUUUCCAGUAAACACCUCAAGUCAACAAGUCCGCUGACGAUGGCCAGCAGGGAUGCCAGUGAGAACACCCCUCUUUUGGACAGCAGCUCUGUGUGCAGGACUGUGUCAGUGUUCCAGGGCAGAAGACUGGCGUGUGCAACGAUUCUGCUUGCAGAAUCAUUGGAACGAGUCGCAUUCUAUGGCAUCACUUCCAACCUGGUUCUUUUCCUUAACAGUAGCCCAUUUUAUUGGGAUGGGACUGAGGCCAGCCAGGCCCCCCUGAUGUUCAUGGGGGUUACAUACCUGAUCUCACCAUUUGGUGGCUGGCUGGCUGAUGCAUAUCUGGGCAAGUUCUGGACAAUUGCUGGCAGUUUGAUUCUAUACUUCCUUGGCAUGCUGUUUUUCCCAUUUAUCACUUAUGACUACUCCAGGAAUGCCCUAUGUGGUGAUGAAAUUGCAUUUCCAGUGCAACCUGCAGAGUGUUUGAGCUCAAACAGUACUCCUCCAAGCAAUGUGACCUGCCCCACACGGGCACCUUACUGUGGGCCAGUGAUCUACAUGGGCCUUGUUCUCAUCGCCCUAGGUGUAGGAACAGUAAAGUCCAACAUCACUCCAUUUGGGGCCGACCAGGUAAAAGAUCGUGGCCCAGAGGCCACUCGCAGGUUCUUCAACUGGUUCUACUGGUGCAUCAACCUGGGUGCCAUCUUGUCCCUGGGUGGUGUGGCCUACAUCCAGCAGAACAUCAACUUCCAAUUGGGGUACAUAAUUCCAGCUGUGUGCCUGGGUGUCUCUUUCCUGGUGUUCCUGCUGGGGCGCACAGUCUUCAUCAACAAGCCUGCUGACGGUAGUGCCUUCACUGACCUGUUCAAGAUCCUGGUUUAUGCCUUCUGCAACACACAGCCCAAAGAGCCCAACCUGCUACGGGCUAAGCCAACCAUGCUUGAUGGAGCUAAGGUGACUUAUGGAGGGAGAUUCCCUGAGGAGAAAGUGGAGGAGGUGAAAGCACUGCUGAAAAUUCUUCCAGUGUUCUUUGCUCUUAUCCCAUACUGGACUGUGUACUUUCAGAUGCAGACAACAUAUUUCCUCCAGAGCCUACAUUUAAGGAUUCCUGACACCAGCACAGGCACCAACAGCAGCGCCGGCACCGACCAGCAGAUCACGUUCCGCUUCCCUGCCGCCUGGCUGACAAUGUUCGACGCAGUGCUUAUUCUCAUGCUGAUCCCUCUUAAGGACAAAGUGGUGGACCCCAUCCUCAAACGCAGAGGCCUGCUGCCCUCCUCCCUCAAGAGGAUCGCAGUGGGGAUGUUCUUCGUUAUGUGUUCAGCUGUGGCGGCUGGUAUACUGGAGACAAAACGACUUGAGAUCAUCAAGUCUAAUGGCACAUUUGACCAGGUCUUUGGCGACGUCAUCUACUACGCAGCAGAUCUGCCUAUAUGGUGGCAGGUACCUCAGUAUGUGCUCAUUGGAAUCAGCGAAAUCUUUGCCAGCAUCGCAGGUCUGGAGUUUGCCUAUUUAGCUGCCCCCAGGUCCAUGCAGAGUGCCAUCAUGGGGCUGUUCUUCUUCUUCUCUGGGAUUGGCUCCUUCGUGGGUUCCGGCCUACUGUCCAUAGUCUCCCUCAAGGGGAUUGGCUGGAUGUCCUCCCACAAGGAUUUUGGUAACAUCAAUGACUCCCAGCUCAACUACUACUUCUUCCUGCUAGCGGGGAUCCAGGGCCUCACCCUGCUGGUCUUCCUCAUCGUGUCGGUCAAGUACGACAAACAGAAGAGUAGUAGAGCAGGAAGUCAGAGGCAGGGUAUCACUUCGUCUUGGUCCCAUGACUGACCCCUGUUCAUCUGACCUCACCCUACCUGCCUUAGUUUGUAGUAGUUAGUGCCAGAACACCUGCCUGAUUUGGUACUGGACUCCCUAAAAACAUGACACUUCAAUACAGCUAUGACCGGAAGUUACUUUUCGAAGCAGGUUAAGAGAGCAUUUUAUCCAACUCUAACCCUUUUCCUAACCUUAACCUAAUUCUCCUAACCUGUUGUUUUUAGGGAAUCUUGAUUUGGUACCGGAUAGAGUUUGUUCUUUUUACUUAAUGGGUUUGUAAGACUAUUACAUUUUCAAAGCAAAAAAAUAUUUUUACCGUACACUCGCACAUCCCUCACAUGAGAUCAAGUUCAUCUUAAUGUAUAUUUCUUGUACAGUACCUUAUUUAAAACAUCAUUACUGUGUUUGAUCAGGGUUCCCUUGAAUACGAAUGGUGUAAUGUUCAAUCAUUUAAACAUUAUUCAAUUGUGAUUAGGGGCUUGGUGUUUGCUAUAUUACUUGUAUAAACUUGUUUCUGAUUGGCAUGUAUAGAUUAAAUAUAACUUUUUUUUUUUUUGCUAACCAUUAUUUUCACUUACUGUAUGUGUUUUCAAUAUGGAGCUAUGUUUUCAGUCUAAUUUUGAUGUCAUACUGUUGCUUAUACACUGAGUGUACAAAACAUUAGGAACACCUUCCAAAUAUUGAGUUGCACCCCCUUUUGCCCUCAGAACAGCCUCAAUUCUGGACUCUACAAGGUGUCAAAAGUGUGCCA